AUGGGAUCUGAACCCCUUGUUCUUCUAUUCUUUUCUCCUUCUCGUUUUCCUGUUAAUUCUGUCUGCUACUGCUUUUCUGUUCUGGGGGCUGGUUACCAUGUCUGCAGCCUGAAGUUUGAGUUUGAAACCUUUUCAGAUCCAAAGAUAGGGGCUGCGAUUCAUCACACCUUCAUUAUCGGAUUGAUUGGGGACUUAUCUGGUGGGUUUCCACAGAAGUGGCAUCCUGACAAACACAAGGGCGACAACGCUGCGACUGCAAAGUUUCAAGAGAUCAAUGAAGCUUAUACAGUACUGAGUGAUCCAUCUAAACGACUUGAUUACGAUUUGACGGGAAACUGUGAGAUUGACAAAUACACUUUGCGAGAGUACCUUUCACGGUUUAAAGGAAUGAUACUUACUUGCAACGGGCUUGGUAUAGCUCAUACUUCAAUAUGGUCAUGGCAGCUAAUGGAAACAAACGAAUAUAUGGAUAAAUAAAGUGAGGAGAUAAAUAUCCAUUUUGAGUGCUUUACAAUUUAUGGAGCUUCCAAACUGGGUGGAUGUGUGCAUAUCUGAUGAAACGUGAUAAUCUCAGCUAAAAACCAUCGAUCAUAGGAGUUGGUUGAGAAUGUACUUUCCAGUCGAUACUGUUGUAUAAUAAACUCCAUUCAGGGCAUUCCUAAACAUUCAUUGUAGUUUCAUUAUCAACAACUAUGAUGGGAUUUACAAAUGCAUAACAAGAAAACUACUAUGGUAUUUUUUUACUGGAUAAA